AUGAUUGACUCAGGAAUGGUUUUACAAAUGCAGGACGAUAUCGAAUCAUCCUCAUUUAUUCCAUUCCGUCGUCAAAAUUUCCGAUUCAACACAUCUCCACCUUUCCGAUCUCUUUAUAAGCCUAAACUUGAGUCCUCAAAGCAGUUUUGCAAUAAUUACACCACAAUAAAUAGCCAACAGAGACACAAAACCUUAAAUCCCCAGCGUCUUGCAAAUUCUAGUGAGACAUAUAAAUAUAGCGCUUUUUCAGCUUGUGGCUCUUCACACAGAAUCCAAAAUACCCAUAACCAAGACUCGUUUCUGGCUUAUCAGAAUCAAGCAUACACAAUUCUUGGCGUUUUUGAUGGAAACGGCACUAAUGGCCAUUUAGUAUCCGAUUUCAUCAAGCAACAAUUUUUGAGUGGUUUUUCCAAAUCAGAAAAAAUUACUCAAGAAUAUAUACACAAAAUUUUUUCAAGCAUAAACAAUCAAUUAUUUUCACAAACAAAUUUCAAUAUUUCGCUAUCAGGAAGCACCGCUGUUUUGCUGAUAGCUGAUGGGACUCAAAUAACAAUUGCUAAUGUGGGUGAUUCCAGAGCAGUUAUAGCAAAAGAAGAAAAUGGUUCAUUGUUAGCAAUUCCGUUAAAUAAAGUCCAUAGUUUGGAUAUUGUUGAAGAAAAGGAAAGAAUUGUGAGUAAAGGUGGAAGAGUUGACUAUGACAGAGACGAAGUGAAUGGACCCUUGAGAGUAUGAUGUAAAUAUGACCGAACGCCUGGACUUGCCAUGUCCAGAGUGUUCGGACAUCGGAUUGCAUCUCAGUUAGGUGUCAUUGCAGCACCUGAUGUAAAUAAAGUAAAUAUUGAUUAUAGUUACAAGUUCGUGAUAUUAGGCAGCGAUGGAUUUUGGGAUGUCAUCAAAGAUUAUGAAGCGGUCGAGAUUGUAUCUAGAGAAAUUGCUCUAGGAAGAUCUACAAAUGCUGCAGAAACGCUGGUAGCUGAAGCAUCGCAAAAAUGGAUGAAGAAGCAGGCGAUUGAUGAUAUCACGGCUGUGGUACUAAUUUUAAAAUACCCCCAUUUAUUAAAAUAUUAAAAAAAGUUUGGAUUGAAUUGAUAGAAGAAUUAUUUAAUGAAGCAGGCAUAAUAUAUAA